AUGAUAAUAACAGCAGAUUAUGAAGAUAAUCUUCGAUCAAAAUCUGCUCUUGACAGAGCUCAUCAAGCUGAUUCCGAAUAUCAUAGUGUAUCUACUAUAGUUCCAUUAUCUUCAUAUGUAACAAUUGAAAAACAUUAUUUACUACCAAUAAUAUCAGGUGAUGAUCAACAUAUUCCUUUGUAUACGGGUUGUAAACCAGUCCAAUUAGAAUUUGGUACACAUAGCAUUUAUUGUAAUUUGACAGACUCAGCUACUUUGUAUAUUCCUCAAUCAUUAGAAUCUGCCGGAAAUAGUCAAAUUAAAUCGAUUAUCAAUCAAUAUAAACAAUUUAAUAUAACAACGAUUGAAUUAUGGCCAACUUUGGGUGCAUAUGGAUUUUAUACAUGGGUAUAUGCUAGAGCAUUUAUUAAUCAUACACAUUGGAUAUGGUUUAAUUCAUCUGAAAUUAUUUUAGAAUCUUCAGUUAAUUCUCCACUAAAUUCAUCUCAAUUUCCUGAACCAUAUUUUCCAAAAUUAUUAAUGACAUCAAAUCCAGAAGAUAAUUUUCAAAUAUUUAGUGAUAUGUUACAAUUUCCAAUAUUGACUGAUAAGCCAGUAUUUGGCGAUUGUUUAUGGACAUCGAACAAUUAUACAAGUUCAUUAGAUGAAAAACAAACAACAACUAUUUAUCAAGGUUGGUUACCAGUUGAGCAAAUGAAUGCAUUUCAACAAGAACAGAGACAUAAUAUUUGUGUUUUAUUACCACAACCGGCUCGUAAUAAUGGUAAAUCAUACACAUUAUUUGUUAAUAUUACAGAAGAAAAUGAAAUAAUUUGGCCAUCAAAUAUUGUCUGGUAUAUUAUUCCAUCACCUUCAUCGGAUGAAAUAAAUCAAACAAUGUUGAUGUCAAAUGAUUGGUACAAAAAUCUUUAUUGGCCAAUAACAUUUGCUAGAGAUUGGACAUUUGAUAUGCAUCAAUUUAGUGGUAAACAACCACUUCAAUAUGAAAAUAAGACAAAACUAUAUUUGACACGUAAAUCAUCUAUACAACCGAAUAAUCAAUUAUUAGAUUUAAUUGAUUAUCUUAUUGAAAGAUAUCAAAAAAUGGAUAUUCGAACAGAAAAACAAUAUUUUCAAUGGAGAAAUAUAACUCAAGCGAAUCUUAUUGCUUUUAUUCCAGCAGGUAAAGCACAAUGUAAUGAACCUGUAGUAUUUAUUGAUCACAUUGAUACUGCAUUUGAGAAGGAUACAUUUUACAAUACGGGACAACGUCGAACAACACAAGGUGCAGAUGAUAAUGUUAGUGGUUUAGUUGCUUUAUUGCAGUCCGUAUCGAUAUUAAAAGAAACUCAAAAAACUGCAUGUAGAGAUAUAUGGUUAGUUCACAUGACAGGCGAAGAAUAUCCAGCUGCUAGUUUGGGUAUUGUUUAUUUUCUUCAACAAUUAUUAGUUAAAAAACAACCAAUUUAUACUGCUGUUAUUGUUGAUAUGAUUAGUCAUCGUGUCAAUCGAACUGAUCCUAUUAUUCAAAUAAAUCCGAGUGAUUCAACUAAAUCAAUGCUUUUGGCGCAACUAGCUCUUACUUAUGUUUAUCCAAAUAUAAAAAAUAACUUAAUUUUAGAAAACUUACAGCCAGUAAUACGUAAGUGGAGUGAUCCUUAUUCAUAUUUAUACAAUACUGAUGGAGUUAGAUUUGUUGAAUAUGGUUUUGAAUGUAUUUUAUUUAAUGAACACAUAAAUUACAAUGAAAAUUAUAGACGUUCUGGAUAUCAUGACACACUUGAUACUAUUGCUCUCAUCGAUUUUGAAUAUGGGCAAACAGUUUCUCAAUAUGCAAUAGCUACAGUAGCAAUUUUAGAUUCAUUAAAAUUUUAUAAUAAUAGUGAAAAUAUACAAAAUCAUAUUUUACAAUGUAAAGUAACACCCACUCAGGAUGAUAUAAACAAUCGAAAUGAUCAAUUAAUAAAAUAUGUCAAUCCAAAUACAACACGAACAAUUUCUAUUGAUCUUUAUUCGUUAUCCAGACUACAAACAACAUUCACAAAUCAUCUUACAUCAAAUGAUUCAAGUUUGACUGUGGAUGAUAUGAAGGCAUCAUCCAAAAAAUGUAAAAGAAAACGAAAUGAAUUAUUUAGUUGGCGUAAAAUAUGUUGCUCAUUACCAUGUACUAUUAGUCUUGCUACAUUCUCUGCAUUAGCUUUAGCAACAAUAGCGGUAGGCAUUUAUACGGCCAUUAUUGGUCAGACAAGAACAUCUGCUGUUGCCAGUACAACAACAUCUACUGUUACCAGUACAACAACUGUGACUACAACUAGCACUACAACUACCGUUAUCACUUUUUGUUGGAAUUCAACAGGUAAGACUGUAGCUGGUAUUACACUUUCUCCGGGUUUAACACCACAUCAACUCAGUCUGCCAUUUGGUGUCAAAGUGGAUUCAUCGAAUACGAUCUAUAUUGCUGAUCGAUAUAAUAAUCGAGUGCAAAAAUGGUUGAUGGAUGCUCCAAAUGGCACAACAGCUGCAGGCCAGUCAAACGGAGCAACUGGUAUCGGAUUAAAUUAUUUGAUGGAACCUGCUAAUAUAGAAGUUGCUCCCAACGGCGAUAUCUACGUAGUAGAAAGACUCAAUAAUCGAGUUGUAAAGUGGACUAGUGAUGCAUCUAAUGGCACAUUAAUCGCUGGUACUGGAGCUGUUAAUGAUCAGUUCAAUGAACCGCAUGGUAUUGCAAGUGAUUGGAGUUCAGGUACAAUUUACGUAUCAGACUAUGCCAAUCAUCGUGUCGUGCAAUACUUGCUAUCGAAUACAACAUCAGGCAAAGUUGUUGCUGGUGGAAAUGGAGCAGGAACCGCUACGAAUCAGUUAUAUUUCCCUGUAGGUAUUUACUUCGAUUCAUCAUCAAAUAGUCUUUUUAUCGCCAAUAUUGGUUCUCAUACUAUUGUUCGUUGGGUAAUAGGAGCCAGUAAUUGGACACUGGUGGUUGGAGUUACCGGAUCGGCUGGUAUUACAUCAACACAACUGAACAGUCCUGGUGACGUGACAUUUGAUUGGAUGGGAAAUAUGUAUGUGGCUGAUGUAAAUAAUGAUCGUAUACAAUUUUUUCAAGCCGGUCAAUCCAACGGCACGACAAUUGCCGGUGUUACUCUUGUACCUGGUAGCAAUUCUAACCUGCUAAGUGAUCUUUACGCGUUUGCUAACGAAUCUGUAGGUUCGCCAAUUGUUUCUACAACAUUGGGUCAAUUUUCAGGAUUUACUAUUCGUCAGACAAAUGUCUGGAUUGGAAUUCCUUAUGCUGCUCCACCUAUUGGAAUACUUCGUUGGCAAAAAGCUCAACCUUAUGUCAUAACUGACAUCAAUAAUAGUACAAUACAAAAUGCUACGCAUUAUAGUCCAUCGUGUCCUCAAAUCGAGCGAGUAGGUAUUACUUCAGGUCUAUUUGAUGAAGAUUGCUUGUAUCUGAACAUUUGGGCGCCUCGUACUUCGCCUUCGAACUCAUCAAGAGGAUAUCCAGUGAUGUUGUGGAUUCAUGGAGGAGGACUUCAAGAAGGCAGUUCGACACAGAUUAUCUACGACGGACUUAGUUGGACAAAUGCAGCUAUUCAAGAGAAUAAUUCAUUUAUUAUAGUUAGUAUUAACUAUCGUCUCAAUGUUAUGGGAUUCUUCGUUCAAUCAGCCUUGACAGAUGCAAAUGGGCAAGCUAUUGCAAAUCAAGGUAUUACAGAUCAACGUAUGGCAAUGAAAUGGAUCCAAGAUAAUAUAGGACAAUUUGGAGGUGAUAAAAAUUCGAUCACUCUAGCUGGUCAAUCUGGAGGAUCUUAUUCAGUUUGCAUUCAUAUUGUGUCACCAUUAUCUGCUGGAUUAUUUCAUGCUGGAAUAAUGGAAAGUGGAUCUUGUGAUAUUCCAUUUUAUAUGUACGACAAACAAUUUGCUUAUUCAAUAACAAAUGAUCUCGCAUCACGUGUUGGAUGUAACAUGACAAAUUCGACUCAACAACUGGCUUGUUUACGAAAUAUCAAUAGUACUCAACUCAUAACAACCAUGCUUAAUGUAUCAAUUCCAUUAUCGACAUCAUUAAUUUUUAAAGAUCAACUUAAAGUUAUUCAAGUAUAUCCUUUCAAUUUUAUUGUGGAUGGAGUAGAAAUACCUACUCAUCCUUUACAAAUCUUCUUGACAGGUACUUUUAAUCGUGUACCUACACUUUUGGGAGUGACUCAUGAUGAAUUUGUUUUACGUGUUCUAUAUGAAGAGUAUGUUUAUCCACCAAACAGUACAGAAGAUUACUUAACCCGUAUUCUACCGAUAAUGACUUACAAUCAAUCUGAAAUUGAAGCUCUAUAUAAUCCGAAUUUGUUCAAUGGUAACUAUUCGAAAGCAUUCGUUGCAUUGAUGUCUCAAGGAGCUUUUAUUUGUGGUGCUCGUCGUAUGGCUGGAUAUAUGGCUAAUCAACCUACAUAUCUUUAUACAUAUAAUCAUGCACCAGAAUCUUUUUGGUUAUCGUUACCAAGCUUGAUUAUUUGGCCAGGAGCGUAUCAUUCGGCGGAGUUAUUGAAUUUAUUUCAAACAGCAUCGCCUUUACUUUAUGGUGAUCAAAUGUUUUUACCCAAUGAAUUGAGUUUAGUCACAUCUACUCGCAGAUACUGGACAAAUAUGAUUACAAAACAUCAACCGAACAAUAAUAUAAGUUUAACAUGGCCUCCAUAUUCACCUACAAAGGAUCAAACGCUUGUCCUUGAUAUAAAUAUAACUACUGCUGCUUUUAUUAAUGUUUAUCCUAACUGCGAUGUCCUAUCAGCUGCACAAGUCAAACUAUUUGGUGAAUACAUCGGUUUGGAUAGUAAAAGUCUGCCUCGUUUCCAGUGUAAUUUAUUUAUUUUAUUUCUUCCCUAUAUUUUACUUUUGUUUUUUACUAUAUAA